AUGAGGAGUGGAAGGAUUAAACAGCACGCUAUACAACGUGGAGAGAAUCCUAAUAUAUCAGCAUCCAGUAUUCAACUCUUGGAAGCUAAGAAUAAAGACAAUACUGCUGAUAUUAAUAGUGCUGAUGUUAAAGCAAUUUCGGAUAUAAAUGAAGAGGAUACUGCUGAUGCUGGCACUAGUUCUAAAUCUGAUGACACAUUUACAAACAAACACAAGUAA